UUUGUUUUGUUUCACACGUGAUUUUGAUAUUCAUUCGAAUUUUGAUUGAUCGAAUUGGAUCGAUUGAUAAUAAUCAUGGCUCAAUCAAAUUUUUCAUCCGGUAAUUUUAAUUUUGCCACUAAUCCUGGAAUGAAUAUGCAACAACAAUUUCAACAACAACAACAGCAACAGCAACUGCAGCAGCAGCAACAACAACAAAUGCAACAACAACAACAACAAAAUGUUCCAUUAACAUCAUUAUUUAUGCCGAAAAUUUUUAAUGAUGAACGUGAUAAUAUUAUUGGUUUAUUUAAUCAGAUACAAGCAUUUUGGGGUACUGGUAAAGCAUAUUAUUCGGCAUUCAAUAUACCAUAUGAAUUGAAUGAAACUGAUUCAUUUAAUCGUUUCAAAACAAUUUCCUAUUCGGAGGAAAAAAAUUUGGAAGAAAAAUUAUUUUUCCUUAUCCGAUAUAAUGAUGAACAACAAUUGCGAACAAAUUUAGUUCAAUAUGAACAAAAUUUUAAACAAAUUAUCGGUCAAAAUCAUCAGGUAAAACUUGAAUUGAAAACUAUAUUACCCGAUAACAAAGCAUUAAUAGCGAUUAUGGUCACUGAAAAUAUCAGCGGAAAAAUGAUACCCGAUAUUCAAUUACGUAAUCAUUUUAAUCAACCACAAUCGAAACAACAAUUAAAUCAAAUUUUUAUCGAUAGUUUUAUUGAAAUUAUAUUUACUUCAUUAUCAAAACAAGAAAUUGAAGCCUAUCUAAGCGUACCACCAAAAGGUAUUGAUGAACGAAUAUGGGAACAAGCGAAAUUAGAAAAUCCUGAUCCACAACGAUUUAUACCGGUACCACUUAUCGGUUUUAAAGCUUUAAAUCAUCGAUUUAAAUUACAGGAAAAAGAAAUUCAUCAACAACAACUUCGAUUAAAACAAAUGAUGGAUAAUGUUUCAACAUUGGAAAGUAAUAUUUCACAAUUUAAAGCAAAAUUCGAAGAAUGUCGUCGUAAACAUGAUAAUCUUUCAUUUCGUGUAUUACGUAAAAUGAUUUCACAAGAAGUACAACGUAAACGUACAAUGCCAAUUCAAGCUGAAGAAGAUAAAUUACGUGCCGAUCUUGAAGCUAUUCAAGCCGAAUUAAAUGUACCGACAAAAUUUCAAGGCUGUUUGAAUGAACUAAUGUCACAGCUACGGCAAAUGCAAUGUCAAAAUCCAUUAAUUAGUAAAAUAUCAUUCGAUAAAUCAAGUAUAAAUGAAUAUCAACAAUUUUUAAAUGAAGAAAAUCGUGGCAUUAUGAGUUUGGUUGAAAUAUUAAAAAAAGAUAUUCAAGAUAUCAAAAAAUUUCUAGGAUAAUCGGAACAUCUGUAUUAAUACUGAUGAAUAGGUUGUAUUUUU